AUGCCGCUCGUCUUCUGCCCCAACUGCGCCAAUGCGCUGACCAUCUCCCGCAUGGAGUCCACGACUCAGUACCCGAUGGGGAUCAAUCGGUUCGAAUGUCGCUCAUGCCCUUACGAACACGCCGUGCAGGUUGAAUACUUCGAGAAGACUGAAAUGAAGCAGAAGGAGGUGGAGGAUGUGUUUGGUGGCAAGGAAGAGUUUGCCAACGCCGACAGCGUCGCCACACAAUGUCCCGCAGAGCACUGUAACGGGGACCGUGCAUACUUCUUCCAGCUGCAGAUUCGCAGUGCAGACGAGCCGAUGACUACGUUCCUCAAGUGCACAUCGUGCGGUGCACGGUGGCGGGAGAAUUGA